CAACAUAUGUUUGAACAACUUUCUGGUCUUCAACAAAAGGAAAAGGAUCUAAUGGAGGUUAAUAUGGCUCUGAGAAGCAAGCUUGAAGCAACUAGUGUACCAUUACAAGAAACAAUGCAACAAUUAGGUGAAAACGACUUAGCAAAUCGGGCCGGGCCUGCUCGGCCUCUGGUGUUCUUUGAGCCGCUUGACAGAAACAACACGUCUCAAAUUCGAUACAACUCUCUGCAGGGACCAAAUAACAAUAAUGCAGCAGGAACAACAGAGAAUACAAAUAGGAUGCUGCUGCCUGGAUGGAUGCACUAAAUCCUAAUAAAUUAUUGCAAAAAAAA